AUGGACAAGAUCCUUGAGGCCGUGGUGAUGUCCUCGUACCCGGCCAGCGUGAAACAAGGGCUGGUGCGGCGCGUGUUGGAAGCGGCGCGGCAGCCCCUGGACCGCGAGCAGUGCCUGGCGCUGUUGGCGCUGGGCGCGCGCCUCUACGUGGACGGCGCCGACGAGCUGCCGCGCCGCGUGGGCUGCCAGCUGCUGCACGUCGCCGGCCGCCACCACCCCGAGGUGUUCGCCGAGUUCUUCAGCGCGCGCCGGGUGCUGCGCCUGCUGCAGGGCGGCGCCGGCCCGCCGGGGCCCCGCGCGCUCGCCUGCGUGCAGCUCGGCCUGCAGCUGCUGCCCGAGGGGCCCGCGGCCGAAGAGGUGUGCGCGCUGCUCAGGCGCGAGGUGUUGCGCACCGUGUGCGAGCGCCCGGGGCCCGCGGCCUGCGCGCAGGUGGCCCGGCUGCUGGCGCGGCACCCGCGCUGCCUGCCCGACGGCCCGCACCGCCUGCUCUUCUGCCAGCAGCUGGUGCGCUGCCUCGGCCGCUUCCGCUGCCCCGCCGAGGGCGAGGAGGGCGCCGUGGAGUUCCUGGAGCAGGCUCAGCAGGUGAGCGGGCUCCUGGCGCAGCUGUGGCGCGCGCAGCCCGCCGCCAUCCUGCCCUGCCUCAAGGAGUUGUUCGCAGUCAUCUCUGGCACAGAGGAGGAGCCACCGUCCUGUGCCCUGGCCAGCGUGGUCCAGCACCUCCCACUGGAGAUCAUGGAUGGUGUCGUCCGGAACCUCAGCAAUGACGACAGUGUGACGGACUCUCAGAUGCUGACGGCCGUCAGCAGGAUGAUCGACUGGGUGUCCUGGCCUUUGGGGAAGAACAUUGACAAGUGGAUCAUUGCACUGCUGAAGGGCCUGGCUGCUGUUAAGAAGUUCAGCAUCUUGAUUGAGGUUUCACUCGCCAAAAUCGAGAAGGUUUUCUCCAAGCUUCUGUACCCCAUUGUCCGGGGAGCCGCCUUGUCCGUCCUCAAGUACAUGCUCCUGACCUUCCAGCACUCCCACGAGGCCUUCCACCUGCUCCUCCCUCACAUCCCCCCCAUGGUGGCCUCUCUGCUCAAGGAGGACUCCAACUCGGGAACCAGCUGCCUGGAGCAGCUGGCAGAGCUGGUCCACUGCAUGGUGUUCCGGUUCCCGGGCUUCCCGGACCUGUAUGAGCCCGUCAUGGAGGCCAUCAAGGACCUCCAUGUUCCCAACGAGGACCGCAUCAAGCAGCUGCUGGGGCAGGAUGCCUGGACCUCGCAGAAGAGCGAGCUGGCUGGCUUCUACCCUCGGCUCGUGGCCAAGUCAGACACGGGCAAGAUUGGUUUAAUCAAUCUGGGCAACACAUGCUACGUGAAUAGCAUCCUUCAGGCCUUGUUCAUGGCUUCUGACUUCAGACACUGUGUGCUCCGUUUGACUGAGAACAACUCACAGCCCUUGAUGACCAAGCUGCAGUGGCUCUUCGCCUUCCUGGAGCACAGCCAGCGGCCUGCCAUUUCCCCCGAGAACUUCCUCUCUGCGUCCUGGACACCCUGGUUCAGCCCCGGCGCCCAGCAGGACUGCUCGGAGUACCUGAAGUACCUGCUGGAUCGGCUGCACGAAGAAGAGAAGACGGGGACCAGGAUUUGCCAGAAGCUCAAGCAGUCCAGCUCGCCGUCCCCACCAGAGGAGCCCCCUGGGCCAAGCUCCACCUCGGUGGAGAAGAUGUUCGGGGGCAAGAUCGUGACUCGGAUAUGCUGUCUCCGCUGCCUCAACGUCUCCUCCAGGGAGGAGGCCUUCACGGACCUCUCCCUGGCCUUUCCCCCACCCGAGCGCUGUCGCCACCGCCGCCUGGGCUCGGUGGUGCUGCCUGCGGAGGGCGUGGGAGCCCCCGAGUCUCCCCCACCGUCCCCAGUUCAGGUCCAAGGCAGGGCGGGUCCUCAGAGGCAGAGGAAACACUGCAUCACAGGGGCUGUCCCCCCAACCAUCCUGGACAUGGCAGGCCUGGGCUCCCAGGGACCGGGGGAGCGGAGCCAGGAGAAGGUGGAGGAAGAGGAGGAGGAGAAAGGAAUGGAGGAGGAGGUGCGAAGGGAGAAGGAGGAAGGAAGGACUAAAGAGGAGGAGGAAGAGGACGGGGAGAAAGUGGUAGGAGAGGAGAAGAAGGUGGAGAAGCGGGAGAAUGACAGCGCCGGCCCGGGCCCAGGGACCCCCGGGGCCGCCCCCUCCGGGGAGGGCUCCCGCUCCGUCCUGGACCUGGUCAACUACUUCCUGUCCCCCGAGAGGCUGGAGGAGGAGAACCGCUACUACUGCGAGUCGUGCGCCUCGCUGCAGGAGGCCGAGAAGGUGGUGGAGCUGAGCCAGGGCCCGCGCUACCUCAUCCUGACGCUGCUGCGCUUCUCCUUCGACCUGCGCACCAUGCGGCGCCGCAAGAUCCUGGAAGACGUGGCCGUGCCCCUGCUGCUCCGCCUGCCGCUGGCCGGGGGCCGGGCCCAGGCCUACGACCUGUGCAGCGUCGUGGUGCACUCCGGAGUGUCCUCCGAGAGCGGUCACUACUACUGCUACGCCCGCGAGGGCGCCGCCCGGCCGGCCCCUGCCCUGGGAGCCGCGGACAGGCCCGAGCCCGAGCACCAGUGGUACCUGUUCAACGACACUCGGGUGUCCUUCUCCUCCUUCGAGUCUGUCAGCAACAUCACCUCCUUCUUCCCCAAGGACACGGCCUAUGUGCUCUUUUACCGGCAGCGGCCUGGGGAGGGCCCCGAGGCUGAGCCAGGCUCCCCCAGAGUCCGGACAGAGCCCGCCCUGCACAAGGACCUGAUGGAAGCCAUUUCCAGGGAUAACAUCCUGUUCCUGCAGGAGCAGGAGAAGGAGGCACGGAGCAGGGCGGCCCACGUCUCCGCACUCCCCGGGUCCCCGUGCUGGGGCAGGGGCUUCGACGAAGACAAGGAUGAGGAUGACGGCUCUCCUGGGGGCUGCAGCCCUGCUGGUGGCAGUGGUGGUGAUUUCCACAGACUGGUCUUCUAAUGGGAGCCUCCCCUGUUCCUGCCUGUGGGGGCGCCAGCCUCAGGGGAGGCCUUGACCCCUUUCUUCUGGGAGGCCCAGGGCAGGGGGGCCUGAGAGGGGCCAUGGAGGCAGGUCCAGUCCUAAAGGCAGGCCCUUCCGAGGGCUAGAAAGGUGGAGAGGGAGCUGCUGGGACACAGGGACUGAGGUGGAGAGGUGAGACCCAAGCCCCUUAAACUUGGGCUCGGGCCCCGACACUGGGCUCGACCCCAUUAGGAUUUUACUGGUGUCCUGGCCAACUUAAGCACCUUAGAUGGACACUCUGGCCUUGUCCCCUGCAGACCCCCGACAGGGCCGAACCUCACAGCGCCAGUGUUUGCCAGCCAGUAGCCUUGCCCUUCUAGCUCCUUGUAGAUGGUCCUGUUGUUGGACAGUACAGCGAGCAGAGCAGGAGCCAGGCCCUGGCACGGAGCGGGGCUGCGUCCCACCUGCAACUGUCCGGCUCUCUGAGGGGUUCACUGGUAACGUGUGGGUGUCUGCGCUUCCCUGAGCGAGGGGAGGUGGGAAGCAGCCUGGCUCAGGAUCAGAGACUGUCUGCCCUGACCAGCAUGAGGACAGCCCCCGCAGUGGGAAACCCUCCCCUCCCUAGCCUGCCUCAGUGCCUGAGAUGCCACUGUGGGCAUCCCCUCUGGGUGAGAUGGAGAAUCCUUAUUUACUGCCAAUGUGUCUGUUUCUCACGGAGCCACUGUCUGUCCGGGAAAGCCGGCUGGCUCAGCUCCUGCUCAGUGGCAGAGAGAGCGCCCUGGCCUGGGGGCUGGUGGGAGGGCCUGGCGGGGAGGAGAUACUGACCUCAGGUGCCCUGACACGGCUGUACCCCUUCUCCAUGGAGAGCAGAGACCCAGGGUCUCAAACAGGAAUAAAAUGGGUUCUCUGAA